GCAUACAGGAUGCAAGCAGGGUGGAGAGAAACCAUGAAGGGCCUUGAAAAGCUGACACGAGCAGUUGACGCAGUGAGAAGAGUAGGGGUCUGAAGACGAAAAUAACUAGGACAGGUGACAGUCAAAGUGGCAAGCCCACUGGUAAGGGGAGUCAGCCCUGUCAUCUUUGGUGUAGCUGUAAACAUGACUUGACCGGUGAUUACAUUCAUGGCUCUUGGCUGAUCUGGUGAACCAUGGAGCUCAAAGUAUGGGUGGAUGGAGUCCAAAGAAUCGUUUGUGGGGUCACUGAAGUAACAACUUGCCAGGAUGUUGUGAUAGCCCUUGCUCAGGCUAUAGGUCGCACUGGAAGAUACACAUUGAUAGAAAAAUGGAGAGACACAGAGAGGCACCUGGCACCUCAUGAAAAUCCAAUAAUUUCACUGAACAAAUGGGGACAGUAUGCAAAUGAUGUUCAGUUAAUAUUACGUCGCACAGGACCAUCUCUCAGUGAGAGGCCAACUUCAGACAGUGUUGCUCGAAUCCCAGAAAGAACUUUGUAUCGGCAAAGCUUACCUCCAUUAGCCAAGCUAAGACCUCAGAAUGACAAAUUGAUAAAAAGAAGAGAGCCCAAAAGGAAAUCUUUGACCUUCACAGGGGGUGCAAAAGGAUUAAUGGACAUUUUUGGCAAAGGUAAAGAAUCUGAUUUCAAGCAAAAGGUGCUCAACAAUUGUAAGACAACAGCAGAUGAGUUGAAGAAACUGAUACACCUCCAGACUGAGAAACUUCAAUCCGUUGAGAAACAGUUGGAGUCAAAUGAGGCUGAAAUUCACUACUGGGAGCAGAAGUAUAAUUCCAGCCUGGAAGAGGAAAUUAUCAAGCUCGAGCAGAAGAUCAAAAGGAAUGAAGUGGAGAUUGAAGAGGAGGAAUUCUGGGAAAAUGAACUGCAGAUUGAGCAAGAAAAUGAAAAGCAGCUGAAGGAACAACUCCAGGAGAUCAAGAAAAGGAUUCUGGAGUGUGAGAUUAAGUUAAAGGACUGCAUGGCUCAAAUUCACAACAUGGAAAGUGGCCUCGAGGCAGAGAAGUUGCACCGAGAAGUUCAGGAGUCCCAAGUGAAUGAAGAAGAGGUCAAAGAAAAAAUUGAAAAGGUGAAAGGUGAAAUUGACAUUCAGGGCCAACAAAGUCUAAGGUUGGAAAAUGGCAUUAAAGCUGUGGAAAGGUCAUUGGGCCAAGCCACCAAACGAUUUCAGGACCGAGAGCAAGAACUGGAACAGCUAACAAAGGAGCUGCGACAAGUAAAUCUCCAGCAGUUUAUCCAGCAAACAGGAACAAAGGUCACAGUGCUUCCUGCAGACCCUAUCGAAAUAGAGGCUUCACAUGUAGAGCUUGAAAGAGAGAUGACAUUUCAGUCUGGGUCCCUGAAGCGUCCUGGUUCAUCAAGGCAGCUCCCCAGUAAUCUUCGUAUUCUGCAGAAUCCUCUGUCAUCUGGUUUUAACCCUGAGGGCAUUUAUGUAUAACAGUAGAUACCUCUUUUGGAGAGGACCUACAAAGGUAUCCUGGGCAUAAUUUUUUUUAUUUCACCGAUGAUGAAUGGAAGAAGGUUUUCCUUUCUGUUGGGCCACCCCACAUUGUUUUUUCAUUCUACACACCACUUGGAGCCAUACCCUUGUGCACUGAUAUGUUAAAGAACAAAGUAACCAUGUUGAUACACAGUUGAUGACGGUGACAUUUUUGUCCAACACCUAUUGUGUAAAAGCUUUAUUACUGCUACUUCAGAAGCAUUUAGAAAAGUAUUAUUCUAUGUAUACGCAUAAAUAAAAACACUGACUGAGCAGAGUGAAGGAAACCACAUAUGCAAUGGAUAUAAGGUUUAAUUUAUUCCGUUUAAUCAAUGGCUGUGUGAAUGUUGACCUUUUAAUAUUUUUUUUUAUUUUAUUGCUUUUAACUCGUGACUGAUUAUGUAAUGUUGUAUUUCUCAGUUUGACAAAUAUAUAUAUAUAUAUUUUUUUUUUUUUUUUUCUUUUUGCUUGUGCAAGCAUCCAGCAUUUCAUCACAUAUCAAGUCUCAACCACAGGAGUGUUGUGGAGGUGCUGUAUCGCCAAGAUGGUCUUUAACAACUGAUUGUGUGUGCUGACAUUGUGGAUUAUGAUACAUCCUGCCCUUUGCUAUCUUUGAAGGCCAAACUGAGUUUGGAGGAUUCAUUUCCUAUUGAUUUCUGCUUUGAGGAAUGGAUAGUUCAUUCAAAAGAUUAUGGAAUUUAUACCUGGCUUGAUAUGAGUAUAUUCAGUGUCUGAUUGAAGAUGCACUAGCUAGACCAUAUUUUUUUAUAUAGAAUGCCUAUUUCAGAUAUUUUGCUAUGUUGUACAUGCCUUUUAAGAAACAAACAAUGUAAGUAAGGAGUCUUCAUCAUAUCUUACAAAAAGGGUUUAUAAAAUUUUCAGUGUUAUUUUUACUCUUUUCUUCCCCCCCCCCCCCCCCAGCCAUUACAAGGUUCUUGUUUUGAUGUUGCUAAAAAUAAAAUCUGUAAUUCAAAAAAAUUCUCUCAAAGCAUGAUGAUUGUAUAGAAUCCUGGUCCCAUGGAAGUUGGCAGCACCAAAACUUCUACCAGCUUCACUGAAGUCAGGAUUCCUCUCCAGAUUCUUAACCGCCCCUCCCCUCCCCCCUUUUUCCCCACCAAGAACAUCCUAGAACGUGUUUAGUCAGGUCAGUCAGUUACACAACACUUAUUUCAGUAUACAUAAUCUUACAGAUGGAAGAAUGAGGAAAGAAAUUCACACAUUUAAAUAGUAAACUCCAUUUAUUUUUACAAUGUUUUAAGUUCAUCUAGCACACAACUAAAAAUCUUAGUAGCUGUCAACAAAGGAGCUCUCCAGACUGUUUAAAGGUAAGUGCAUUAUAGGUAUAACACUUCCAAAUAAUAUACGGGUUGCAACAUGAAGCUGUGGUCCUACACUCAGAUUCAUACAGCAGGUAUCUGAGUUGUUACAGAAUACCAUUGGCUUAAAUAGGAAUCCCAUCUGUACAACCUGGUGUCUACCAGAUAUUAUAACGCCACCAGAUAUUGCCUUCUCAUGUCACUGAUGAAUGAAAUGCCAAGUUUGAUUAACUAAAUUCAAAAUUCAGAAAUUUGAAAUUUCCCAAAUUCAAAUUAGAAACCCAAUUUCUUUUGUCCAGACAAUGCUAAAUCCAAUUCCUUAUUUAAAAAAAGCUGUGUAGUCACACUGAUAAAGUUUUAUAGAACACAGUAAAGAUGAAGAAUUCUGAAGAAUUACAUGCAAUUAUUUUCCUUCCUGUUUUAUUAAUGGCACCAUUUGUACUAGAAAUGGUGCUGUACUAAGACUAACAGCAAUUUCAAAUCGCGUUGUGUCAAUAUAAAGGACCUUUCCGAAUGGAUUCAACUGAAAAAUAAAAUUCAGCACUCUGGACUCUUUACCUGUGAACAAACUGGAAAAUAUACUGCUCCAGCCUAAAGAAUCUUUGUAACACUUGCAGGUUUUGAUAACAGGUUAUUAUGAUUCCAUGUUCCACUUCUGUUUUAUUCAUAACUUUUCUUAUAUUAAAAAGAGAACUUAUAUAUUAGUAUAAUACACACGUGAUUCAAGGACUCUGGUUUUUUUUGUCCAAAGAACUUGAGCAUAUAUGCCUUACUUCCUGGGCCCAAUUUACAGGGAAUAAAAUAGCCCAGGGGAGGGAUACUUAGUAUUCUCUACUGUCCUUAAAAAGGACAGAUUUGAGCAGAAUCAGAUUCAAGUUGUGUUACAUGGCAAAGAGGCUAUGUUACUUAUUCACAAAGAAAAGUUUGAUCUAAACCUUGACCUGAGAUUAAGUAUUUUUCUGGCAGAACAGUAUCUAUCCUCAAAAUUUUCCAUUGUACAGUAAGUGACUGACCUAGGUUCCUUUUGAUUUCAGUGAGACCUUGAGCAGGUCUUACAGUAAUAAGAGCCAUUCUCUCCUCCCUCUCCUCCUUCCUUCCUCCUUCCCUCUGCCCCUCUGCUGCAGGGGAAAAGAGUUUUAAAACCCCCUUUUUUCCCCUCUAUUCACGGCAUUCAUCAGUAAGCAUUUGGAGUCUUUCCCCCUAAAUGAAUGUUUCAAAUUUGGCAUAGGUGGGUAACGAUAGCUGUCAAGGAGUUGAACUGGCUUAGAAAAAAAUGUCAUUGCAACUAGUGGUUCCACUAGGCGUGGGCUGAAGAACAUCAACAAGACAACCAGAGCAGCUUCAGCCAGCCAAGUGAAGAGAGAACUUGGGCCUCCAGACUUUUUGCUACCCAGGCAAUAAAAGAGCAUAAAAGCUGACAAUCCACUUUUCUUGGCCAUACUUUUAAUGUGUUGAGCUUUUAUGUAGUGAAAAAGUCUUUUAGUUUGUAUGCCCUGUUUGUAGAUGAGCUAAAAAACAUCAUGAAUUGAUUAAUCAAGUAAAAACUUAAAAUCUCAGCAUCCAAAGGAAAGUUAUCAACAUGGAGACCUCACGUUUUAUUAUACAUGUAUAUUUUUAUCAUGCUUUCAUUUCCAGAAGCUUUUUUUCAAACCUGCUCAAGGGGCAUUAGUAGAAUGGAGAGCACACAUAUACUGAUUUUUAAGAAGUUAUAUGCCAGCUACCAUAAUAAGCAUGGAUUUUUAUUGUUAUUAAUUAAUUUAGUACACAAGCAUUAUUUUCCUCUCAGUGCACAGGGGAUUUAUAUGGCUGGCUCCUGUUAUUCCUAAUGGGAAUUCAUAGAUUCAUAGAUGUUAGGGUCAGAAGGGACCUCAAUAGAUCAUCGAGUCCGACCCCCUGCAUAGGCAGGAAAGAGUGCUGGGUCUAGAUGACCCCAGCUAGAUACUCAUCUAACCUCCUCUUGAAGACCCCCAGGGUAGGGGAGAGCACCACCUCCCUUGGGAGCCCAUUCCAGACCUUGGCCACUCGAACUGUGAAGAAGUUCUACCUAAUGUCCAAUCUAAAUCUGCUCUCUGCUAGCUUGUGGCCAUUAUUUCUUGUAACCCCCGGGGGCACCUUGGUGAAUAAAUACUCACCAAUUCCCUUCUGUGCCCCCCUGAUGAACUUAUAGGCAGCCACAAGGUUGCCUCUCAACCUUCUUAACUGUAUAAUAUUCUCAUCCAGGAGGAAACAGUCAAUUAUUCCCCUUCAUGUUGUGUCACUUGUAAUCGCAGGAGGGGAGAUUAAUGAAAGAAUAGAUGGAAACGGGUUUAAGGUAAAAUUUUUCCAGGGUGACUUAGGCACUUAAGUCCCACUGCCUUUCAAUAGGCAUUUAUACAUGGGCUCUGGGAGUGGGGGGGAGGGAGAAGCACUUUAAUCAGAGUGGCUCCAGGAGCUGCUCUAAAGCACCCAGAGCAUCUCUCUCAUUCGAGCUUUAGUUGAAGCGCCCCUGCUGCUAUUUUUAAGCACAGGGACAAUACACAAAAUGCUGGAGUCUGCUGGAGCGUGGUAAUUACCAUACUCCAACAGACUUGAUUAAUCGAGCCUGCUCCAACGCGCUGGAAUUACAGUGCGUUGGAACAGCCUUGCUGCUUAUGUAUAGAUGUCCAUUGCAACUUAAGCUCCUAAGUGCCCAAGUUAUUUUUGACUGUUGAACUUAGACUUCAAAAUUUUACCUAUACUGUGAAAAUGGAAAAUAAGUCCCUUAAGGAGACAGUAUAUGCCAUUACUAUCACAAACAUAAAUAAGCUGUAAAUAUGCACUUUCUUUGUGAAUAAGCGUAGAAAGGUCUGUAGAGGAAUGAAAAGCUCUACUUGGGACUCUGACUGACUCCACCUUUCUAGUACACUAAAUAUUGCUUUACUGCAGUGAACUGGGAUUAUACGAGUAUGAACAACAAAUUGAUCCUCUGAUUUUUUUUAUUUUUUUUUUCUGAAUUAUCUUGAAGUAUAUAAAUUCCCAAUGUGCAUUACCUUGAGUGAAUUGGGCCUUAAUUAAUAAUAAAUAACAAAACUGUAUUUAGACUUUUUGGAAAAAACUCUGAUAGGCUGUACUAUAUUAAAAUAAGUGUCAAAGUGUUACUUUUAUAUUAUGCCGUUUUUAGAACGUUGAAAUGCAUGUUUAUUCUACUUGCUACAGUAUUUUAAUGUUUUGGAUGAAGGCCAUCAGCUGUAUGGAGAUGACAAAACAAUCAUUCUGACAAUUUAUUUAUUCAGUAUUGCUGCUUAAAGUUUUCAAAAUAAAGCUUUCAAUGUCAAUGAGAUGACUGAUUGAAAGCUGCUAGCACUGUGUUCAGCUGCUUUGUUGUAUGCUUACAGAAAACAAAAUAAGUGCAAGUUCAUAAAUUAAACCGGCAGAGAAUUAAUGGCAAUAAUAGUGUGUGUAUGUGUACAUGCGCAUAUAGGUAUCCAGUAUUUGAAUUUAAGCUCCAGUUCAGUAGUGCAUUUAAACAUAAGAGUAAAAUACAUCCAGUUUGUGCAAUGUCCUGAAGCAGAACGUGACUACGCUCUGCCCAAGUGCUGUUCUGACUGGCUGAAGUCAUUAAAUGGACAGUUUAUACAGGGCAUGAUCCGAAGCCUGUUAAAUGCAAUGCUGGAUUGAGACCUAAAAAAUAAUUCCAGUUCCAAACAGUGGAAUGAAUUUGAGUGUGACCACUUGAUGUGGUAGGGGGAUGGAAAUUUAAAGAAUGUUCCAAGGGUAAACCUAACUUCUCUUUGGAAAAGGAUCAUCCAAUAAAACUGUCCUACUCAUUGUGUGAGCUCUGAUUAGAGGAUUUGAGCUUCUGAAGCUUUAACUGGGGGAAGCAAUGUUCAUUAACUGUGAAGACAAAACUGAACAUUGUUGUGCUGCUUUGCUUAAAUACAAGAUGGUAAUCUGUAUUAUAUGUAAUUAAACUUUUCUUUUGACUGUCAUUUUUAAUAGAAGCUAUUUUUUGAUUAUACUCAUGACCUGUUCUUCAGUACUUUGAAGAAAAUAAUGGAUAUCCUUCCAUGCAAUAAAAUCUCCUGCUGAAAAAUUG